AUGUCUGUCGAGCUGGACCCCGUCGAGCUCGGUUUCAAGCGCCCCUUCACCCACGAGGUUGCUCAGGUUUUGCGUCUGUACAACAAGAACUCCGACCCUGUCGCUUUCAAGGUCAAGACCACUGCCCCCAAACAGUCCGCCUCCCUGCUCCGCCAUCCAUACCUCAAAACUAAAUGCUCUCCAGANUACUGUGUUAGACCCAACUCUGGCCGCAUUGAACCUGGCCAGGAUGUCGAAGUUCAAGUCCUGUUACAAGCCAUGAGAGAGGACCCUCCCCUCGACGCAAAGUGCAGAGACAAGUUCCUCGUCCAAUCCGUCGCCAUCUCGGCCGACAAGGAAUACCCCAACGUCUCCCAAAUCCAAACAGCAAAGUCAUCGAUCCAAGAAAAGAAGAUUCGCGUUGUCUUCCUGCCUCCAGAGGGCGUUGCCCACUCUGAUGCUGGCGGCCACAUGGACGACUCAAUCGCUACCUUCAACUCCGCCAACUUCAACUCUGUCUCCCCUCAACCCCAGACCCCUCAACGAGGCGCCGACGUAGGAGCCGUGGGCGCCAUCUCUCGCCCGGAAGAACGUCCCAUUGACAACAAGCACCUUGGAGAUGCUGUCGAGUCAGCCAGAAACCCUGCUACCGACCGAAACACCACCUACUCCGACUCGUCGACCACUCAAAGCUUCAUGAACUCCAUUCCCUCGGCCGACGAUGUGAAAGCCAAGCUUGCAGAAGCUCAAGCCACCAUUGCACGAAUGAGCCAGGAAAGAGACGAACAAGGAUUGCGCCAGAGAAAGACCGAUGCAGUCAACCAAGAUGCUAAGGAGAGAAUUUCUGCCGGAACAACCGGUCUGGGUGUGCAGAAGGCUCCUGCUGGAGGUGUUCCUGUCCAAGUCGUUGCCGGACUUUGCCUCUUGUGUUUCUUGAUCGCCUAUUUCUUCUUCUAG